UUACUGACAGUCUGAGUGUACACCAGUCAGUUAAAGUCACAUCUGUGGAAUCAUGUUGAUGAAUAGUCUCUCCAUCCUCAUCAUCAUCUUCAGCCUCCCCCUCUUCAUCCAGGGUUUUGAACAACACAGAAGCUAUGUUCAUGUGCCGACUCGAAGGACCUGGGAUGAUGCCCAAAGCUACUGCAGACAGCAUCACACUGACCUCGCCAUUUUUGAAGAUAAGGCUGAAUAUGACGCACUGCAGAAUCCAUGUGCUUCAGGUAACUUCUGCUGGAUCGGUCUUCGCACAGACAGUGGAAAUCCCGACAUCUGGAAAUGGACUAAUGGAAAAGAAGUCAACUUUACAAGCUGGUACAAGACGCAACCUAAUGAAAGGAAUCUCCACUGCGUCAAAAUGCAUAGGAAACUUUGGUACGAUUAUGUCUGUUCUCAUAUAUAUGAAAGUGUGUGCUAUGACAAUCUGGUCUUGGUUGAAGAGGAGAAGACAUGGGAGGAGGCUCUGGAACACUGCAGGACUCUUCAGACUGACCCCACCUCAAGCAACACACACUUCAGCCAUCACUACGACCUUCCACACAUGCACGCUGAAAAAGACAACUUGUACGCCAAAACCUUGAUCCAAAAAGCCCAGACCCAGGAGGUGUGGAUAGGCCUUCGUUUCCUGGCAGGACACUGGCUGUGGGUGAACGGCUUCCCUCUGGAGGAUCAACUGAAGAAACGACUUUCUGUCUGCCCUGCUCCCAAGAUGCACUGUGGGACAAUGUCAAAGACAGGAGGCACGUUUUCAGAAAGGGACUGUUCAGAGAAGAGGAAUUUCUUUUGCUUAUUGAGGAAAUAAAUGUUUUAAUCAAUAUCUGAGCUGAACCUAUAGUUAUGAUACACUUAUAUAUGUGCUUGUGUCCCAGAUAAAUGGUGGGGACAUUUGUAUUUACAGUUUUAAGACAUGUAUCUUUUGGAUUUAAAAAUGGCAUUAGUUAACAUGAUGAUUUACAUGAACUGUAGUUUUAUUUUAGAGUUUGUUUCUGUUUGGAUCUUACUGACUUGAAUUUAGCCAUUGAUGUGUGUGAGUGUAAGUCUUAUCUUUUGUCUCCACUAAAUAAA